UUGAGAUCCUGGCCUAAAUUACCAGCUUCUUUACUCCGUUUUCAAGGAAAGGUUCUAGUGCUCUCAUUUCCUCCGCUUAGUCGUCUAGGCAUGUGGCUCCUAUCAGCUCAAUAGUGCUAUUUGACUGUCAUCUGUUGCCGCCCAUUGAUGUGAAGAUGACCAAGCUGGGAUUUUUGCGGUUGUCCUAUGAGAAGCAGGACACACUUCUGAAGCUUCUGAUUCUGUCGAUGGCUGCUGUGUUAUCGUUCUCCACUCGUCUCUUUGCUGUCUUGAGAUUUGAAAGUGUCAUCCAUGAAUUUGAUCCGUACUUUAAUUAUCGUACCACCCGGUUCCUGGCUGAGGAGGGAUUUUAUAAAUUCCAUAACUGGUUUGAUGACCGGGCCUGGUACCCUUUGGGACGAAUCAUUGGAGGAACAAUUUACCCAGGCUUAAUGAUCACCUCUGCUGCAAUCUACCAUGUCCUCCAUUUUUUCCACAUCACCAUCGACAUUCGGAAUGUCUGUGUGUUCCUGGCCCCUCUCUUCUCUUCCUUCACCACCAUCGUCACGUACCACCUUACCAAAGAGCUCAAGGAUGCAGGAGCUGGCCUUCUUGCUGCUGCCAUGAUUGCUGUGGUUCCUGGCUAUAUCUCCCGGUCUGUGGCUGGCUCCUAUGAUAAUGAAGGGAUUGCCAUCUUUUGCAUGCUGCUUACCUAUUACAUGUGGAUCAAAGCAGUCAAGACUGGUUCCAUCUACUGGGCAGCAAAGUGUGCCCUUGCUUACUUCUACAUGGUCUCUUCGUGGGGAGGUUACGUGUUCUUGAUCAACUUGAUCCCCCUUCACGUACUAGUGCUGAUGCUCACGGGGCGUUUCUCCCACCGGACCUACGUGGCGUACUGCACUGUCUACUGCCUGGGCACCAUUCUUUCCAUGCAGAUCUCCUUUGUGGGUUUCCAGCCCGUCCUUUCAUCAGAGCACAUGGCAGCCUUUGGGGUCUUUGGUCUCUGCCAGAUUCAUGCCUUUGUGGAUUAUCUACGCAGCAAGUUGAAUCCACAGCAAUUUGAAGUUCUUUUCCGAAGUGUCAUCUCCCUGGUGGGCUUUGUCCUUCUCACCAUUGGAGCUCUCCUCAUGCUGACAGGAAAAAUAUCUCCCUGGACGGGGCGUUUCUACUCGCUGUUGGACCCUUCCUACGCUAAGAACAACAUCCCCAUCAUUGCCUCUGUGUCUGAGCAUCAGCCUACGACCUGGUCCUCGUACUAUUUCGACCUGCAGCUCCUUGUCUUCAUGUUUCCAGUUGGUCUCUAUUACUGUUUUAGCAACCUGUCUGAUGCCCGGAUUUUCAUCAUCAUGUAUGGUGUGACCAGCAUGUACUUUUCAGCUGUAAUGGUGCGUCUGAUGCUGGUGUUGGCGCCUGUUAUGUGCAUUCUUUCUGGCAUUGGAGUCUCUCAGGUGCUGUCCACUUACAUGAAGAAUUUGGACAUAAGUCGACAAGACAAGAAGAGCAAGAAACAGCAGGAUUCUACCUACCCUAUUAAGAAUGAAGUGGCAAGUGGCAUGAUACUGGUCAUGGCUUUCUUUCUCAUCACCUACACCUUUCAUUCGACCUGGGUGACCAGUGAGGCCUACUCUUCUCCCUCCAUCGUGCUGUCUGCUCGUGGUGGAGAUGGCAGUAGGAUCAUUUUUGAUGAUUUUCGAGAAGCGUACUAUUGGCUUCGUCACAAUACUCCAGAGGAUGCGAAGGUCAUGUCAUGGUGGGAUUAUGGCUACCAGAUUACAGCUAUGGCGAAUCGGACGAUUUUAGUGGAUAAUAACACAUGGAAUAAUACCCAUAUAUCUCGAGUAGGCCAGGCAAUGGCAUCCACAGAAGAAAAAGCCUAUGAGAUCAUGAGGGAGCUUGAUGUCAGCUACGUACUGGUCAUUUUCGGAGGCCUCACUGGGUAUUCUUCAGAUGACAUCAACAAAUUUCUGUGGAUGGUCCGGAUUGGAGGGAGCACAGAUACAGGGAAACACAUCAAGGAGCACGAUUAUUAUACUCCAACUGGGGAGUUCCGUGUGGACCGUGAGGGCUCUCCAGUGCUGCUCAACUGCCUUAUGUACAAGAUGUGUUACUACCGAUUUGGACAGGUUUACACAGAAGCCAAGCGUCCACUAGGCUAUGACCGUGUCCGGAAUGCUGAGAUUGGGAAUAAAGACUUCGAGCUUGAUGUCCUAGAAGAAGCAUACACCACAGAACAUUGGCUGGUCAGGAUAUACAAGGUGAAGGACCUGGAUAAUCGAGGCUUGUCAAGAACAUAAAUGUUACGUCUGGUUCUGAUCUGCUUCGCACUGAGUGCGUCCCAUUUAGGGCGCUGAAGACGGUUUAAAAAAUAUGCAGUUUAUAAGAACAGAGCGCGAUGAGAUUAGAAUUGUCUGGAGGUUUUGCCCUGGGCAGUGUGGGCUGGGCCAAAUGGAGUGAUCUUUAUAAUUCUGAGCAGGUUACCAAAUGAAAUGUCAUGGCUUUACUUUGGUCAAUUAAAGGGGGGAAUUUUUUUUAAAUGUGCCUUAUUUGUUUUGACUUAUAACUGAUUUGAGGAAGCCUAAACUUUAUGCCAGGCUGGUAGAAAGACAGAGAGCAGACCUCAUCUGUGGUCUUAACUCUCUAAAUGAGCCAUGUAUGGGGCAUUCUGUCAUUCUCUUUCUCUCAAAUCAGGAAAACUAUCAAGGACUAGCCGAUCCUACAUAUACAAACAGUUUUGUCAUUUCAAAAACUGCAGCACCUAGCCCAAUGCCUUGCACAUAGUGAGUGCUCAUUAAGCAUUUACUGAAUGAAUAAAAGUUCACGGGUCCAGAGGAGUGCCAUUUCUGGGCAGGAAAGGCAGCUGUGUUGCCAUCAUGUCUCUGUUCAACAUCGCUUGUCCUUAGCGGUGCUUUGACUACAAGGGACAGGAGGUGGCUACCCAGACCUGAUCACACUAGGUAUUUUUGUGUGUUUUUAUCUUUGAGCAGGAGUACAUCCAGGGAAACUAAAUCAAUAGUUUUGAAGACUUAAGGCAAACAUACAGUGUUCUCAAUGGAAAGGAAGACUCUCUUCCAACGUAUGUAUAGAACUUGACGGUCAGUAGGUGUUCUUGAAUUAGCUGACUUGCAACCAUACAGAUCUAUUUGAAAUCUCGCUUUUCAGCACUCUCACUCAUCCAUGGCAUAUAGUCCAUGUCUCUGCUAGUUUCCUUGAGCUUGUGCACUCAGCCUGUUGGUUUUACCUAAAGGUGAGCUGCUUUUGUCCCUUCGUCUCAGCCUCUUUAUUAUUACAUCUUACCAAGAAGCUCUGUGAUCUGGUUUUGAAGGCCUUGCCAAGUUAGCUACAGAAAGCACAGGAGUCCCAUCAUAUUUAAUGUCAGGACAAACAGCCUUAUGUUCAGUUAUACUAGGGUAUUUUAAGACUUAACAUCAGUGAUGUAUAUAAACCCAUAGUUGGAAAAAAAAAAAGGUAACUCUUUACUGUUACCUGUUUAAGAAAUAGGAGCAAUGACAUGACUUUAAGUCAAAAUGGUGUUCCUAAAGGUAUGCUCAGGUCUACCUGUGUACCCUUCCAAGCCAAUUUAUGAACCAGGUGCUUCAACUGUGGGUGAGAUUUAGAACUGAUGUUAAGAUUUGACUUACUGUAUGGAAAUACAUGACUUGAUUUAUAUACAGAAUUCCUCCCUAGUGGAAGAGGUUGUUCUAAGGUGGUUUUUUUAAAUUGUUUUUUCUUUUUUAAACCAAUGGGAGUAAUACCAGAGAUCAUUAGUGUUUUCCUCUGUAAGGAUGAUAACCCUUUAUCACUGCACUUGCUGCUCUUAUGAUUUUGUUACUUUCUAGAGUACAUGAAGCUAUAUAUAUAUAUUUUUAAUUACUUGUAAUUUCCACUGUUACAGUGAACUGAGUGUAAAAAAACAUUAAUUCUAAAAAGAGACAACACUGUUUUCAACGCCCCUCAGAGGUACUCAAAGGUUCAGGUACUUUCAACUCCGCUGAUUCUCACAUUACUUA